AUGGCGCAGUUUGGCAGCAUCAUGGUCUGGCUCAGAGCCUCUGAGGCCAUGAGGCCCAAGACUUUCCCCGCCGCUCCGUAUGUGGGCAACACUCGGCAGAGGCUGCAGGAGAUCAAGGAGGGUCUGAAGCAGCCGGCCAAACUGAUGAGCCAAGCUCUGCACGGGGGCAGCUCUCGUGUCGAGGGCAGUAGGAGCUCCGACUGUAAGAGCAAUAAAGACACAGGAAACAGGCAGCAGCAGCUCCGUCCACCACAGAAGUUUAACAACUACCAGAAUGCUCUGAGGGAGAUCCGCAAGUCCCUCUUGCCCUUUGCCAACGAGUCUGGGGCCUCGUCUGGCUCGGGUCAUCCCACAGGGGCUGGGGAGGUCAACAGACAAAUGCUGCAGGAGCUGGUCAACGCUGGCUGUGACCAGGUGAGCGAGAACACAAACAUCAGCUUAUAUAUUAUUAUUAUUAUUAUUAUUAUUAUGGAGUUUAAACAAAUGCAACACUCUUUGUUUAACAGAUAA